UUUACUUCCUAGCUCCUCUCUCUCAGCUAAAGUGUUGCAGUUGCAUUGCAGCAGCUAGAAAGCUAGAAAAAAGUAAAAAAAAACUAUAUUUUUUUUCUGCUCGUUCAGCUUCUUCUCCUUCUUGAAUCCCAUAAAAGCGAAAUGGCAGUGAAUUUUUAUUUCUGAGUUCUCCUUUUCUGCUGGUUUUAUCCCCUUUAUUUUUUAACUGCCUGUUCCCAUUUUGGGGUUGGGUGAGUAAAUGAGCAAGGCAGAGUGAGUGAGGAACCAGAGAGAGAGAGAGAGAGAGAGAGAGAGAGAGAGAGAGAGAGAGAGAGAAAGAAAGGGGGGAAGGAAAGGGAAGCUGGGAUUUUUUCUGGGUAUGUAUUUGUUGUUGCUAAGGUGGUGAUUUGAGAGAGAAUGUUGGGGUUUUGAAGCUUAAGCAUGGCAACUUUCUAGGGUUUUAAUCUCUACCAUUUCUUUUUGUUGCUGGGUUUGCAGCUCCCCCUGGAGCGUCUUUUCUGGGGAAUGGUGGGUUGGGGUUUGGAUCUGAGGAGGAGAUUUAGUGGUUGAUGUCUGAAGAGCUUUGGCGGUGGUAGUAAUGGAGAGGGAAGUUUCUGCUGUGGUUCUUGUUUGGUUGAUCUUCUCGUUGCUGCUGCUGCUGCAACCUUCAUGGCUAGUCCUUGGUAAUAUGGAAGGCGAUGCUUUGCACAGUCUGAGGACCAACUUGUUCGAUCCGAACAACGUUCUGCAGAGUUGGGAUCCUACCCUUGUGAACCCUUGCACAUGGUUCCAUGUAACAUGCAACAAUGAUAACAGUGUCAUCAGAGUAGAUCUCGGAAAUGCAGCGUUAUCUGGUCAGCUUGUUCCUCAACUUGGCCAACUUAAGAACUUGCAGUACUUGGAACUAUACAGUAACAACGUAAGUGGUCCAAUUCCAAGUGAUCUUGGGAAUUUGACUAACUUGGUCAGCUUGGAUCUUUACUUGAACAGUUUCAAUGGCCCCAUACCAGCAUCUUUAGGCAAGCUGUCGAAGCUAAGAUUCCUGCGGCUUAACAACAACAGCUUGACUGGUCCAAUUCCCAUGUCUUUGACUAACAUCUCGUCUUUACAAGUGCUGGAUCUCUCAAACAACCGUCUUUCCGGGGUGGUUCCAGAUAAUGGUUCUUUCUCAUUAUUCACUCCUAUAAGUUUUGCUAACAACUUGGAUCUCUGUGGGCCAGUUACUGGUCAUCCUUGCCCUGGUUCCCCUCCAUUUUCACCUCCCCCUCCAUUUGUUCCACCUCCACCAAUUUCGGUACCAGGAGGGAAUAGUGCUACUGGAGCAAUAGCUGGCGGGGUUGCUGCCGGUGCAGCUUUGUUGUUUGCUGCCCCUGCAAUAGCAUUCGCGUGGUGGCGUCGAAGGAAACCACAGGAGUUGUUCUUUGAUGUACCUGCGGAAGAGGAUCCUGAAGUUCAUCUGGGGCAGCUGAAGAGGUUUUCAUUGCGAGAAUUACAAGUCGCGUCAGACACCUUCAGCAACAAAAACAUUCUGGGCCGAGGAGGAUUUGGUAAGGUGUACAAAGGUCGCCUCGCAGAUGGCACGUUGGUGGCAGUUAAAAGACUGAAGGAGGAGCGGACCCCUGGAGGAGAGCUACAGUUUCAAACAGAGGUUGAGAUGAUUAGCAUGGCUGUCCACCGCAAUCUCCUGAGAUUACGAGGCUUUUGCAUGACACCAACUGAGAGAUUACUUGUUUAUCCCUACAUGGCAAAUGGAAGUGUUGCCUCAUGCUUGAGAGAGCGCCCACCAUCACAACCUCCUCUUGACUGGCCAACUCGGAAGCGGAUUGCACUGGGAUCUGCUAGGGGCUUAUCUUAUUUGCAUGAUCAUUGUGAUCCAAAGAUCAUCCAUCGUGAUGUGAAAGCCGCCAAUAUAUUGCUAGAUGAGGAAUUCGAGGCAGUUGUUGGAGACUUUGGGUUGGCUAAAUUGAUGGACUACAAGGACACUCAUGUCACCACUGCUGUCCGUGGUACGAUAGGCCACAUUGCUCCAGAAUACCUCUCCACCGGGAAAUCAUCUGAGAAAACUGAUGUUUUUGGGUAUGGGAUUAUGCUCCUGGAGCUAAUUACUGGACAGAGGGCAUUCGAUCUUGCUCGGCUUGCUAAUGACGACGAUGUCAUGUUGCUCGAUUGGGUAAAAGGACUUCUGAAGGAGAAGAAGCUGGAGAUGCUGGUGGACCCUGAUCUUCAGAACAACUACAUUGAUUCCGAAGUGGAGCAGCUCAUCCAGGUUGCUCUUCUCUGCACACAAGGUUCCCCUAUGGACAGGCCGAAGAUGUCCGACGUGGUGAGAAUGCUCGAAGGAGACGGUCUGGCCGAGAGAUGGGACGAAUGGCAAAAGGUGGAAGUUCUGCGACAAGAGGUGGAGCUAGCCCCUCACCCUAACUCCGAUUGGAUCGUCGAUUCGACGGAGAAUCUACAUGCAGUCGAGCUGUCUGGUCCGAGGUGAUAGAUUGUUGAUUACCACCCCAUUGGCACACUUACAAGUUACAAGUAAAAGAAAAGGGAGGGGAAAAAAUGAAAAAGCAUUUUUUCUUUCUUAAUCCUUUCAUUUUUUGAUCAUAUUUUGCUUCCCAUGAUGAAUGAAUGUAACCCUGAUUCCUGCGGGCCAUGCAAAGAUCCGUUUCUUCUGAAUUUGUAUUCAUUUUUUGUGCAUAUGAAUCAGUCGGCUUGUUGAGAGGUGCAUAUCAUUGUUUCGUCCAUCCAUCCACCCACGAGGAGGCCUAUUCUAUCUUUAUAUCUAACAAAACUUAGGAAUUUUGAUGUUACGAUAGCUUCAAAUUGUGAAAUCAGUGUUGAUUACUGCAGCCUUCAUUACUGUGUAACCCAGAGCUUUUUGGGUGAGGGCGAAAGUUUGGAGCUUGUUUCGUUUUAUUAUGUCGAAACCUACUUUUUUAUUGGUAUCUAGUUUUGCAUUCUUAGAGCAGCUGCAUCGCCUUUCAUUGCCCAAUUCCAUUGUGACAUGGCAUUUGUCUUUCUCCAUUUCACGGUUGUAGUCCUGUCUUCAAAUAAUGGAAGCUGUCACUUAAUGAAAUAGAGAAUGAAAU